AUGAAUGUGGCGGCGGAAGAAAGGAACGCGAAGCUAAGCUCCCUGUUGCUGCUAUCCCCGGGGAAAGAAUACUGGGCGGACAGGCUCGCGGCCAAAGGCCCGCGGGACUCCGGAAGCCCACAGUCGCUUACUCGCAGCAAGGCCAAAAAAAGUACCUUGGGGUGGGGCGGCGAAGGCGUUUCGAGCUCCCCCCCCGCCAGAGGACAGAACGACGCCCCCAGCUACACCGACCGGGGGCAACAGCACCAAGAGGGGGCGAACGGCGGACCUACAUCGGCGGGCUCGCCGAGAAAGAAGGACUUUCGGUCGUUCACCGCCGUCAAGAAGGUUGCGCCGCUGUCUCCCGUCGGCGGCGGCGGCACUAGCCCGUCCGCGUGGUCUACGCAGGCGUUCACCAGCCCCGGUGGCGGGGGAGGAGCGGAAAGGCGGGGACGGCUCGAUCUGAGCUCCUGGCGAGCCCGGACGCCGGGGCAAGGGUUGUCACCGCCGCGCCAGGGGCCGCCGUCGUCCUCGCCGCGAAGCCUCGCAAAGGGGGAUUGGCGGCGGGGCCCCGCAGGCGUGAGGCCGGGCCAGGCGGGGGCUUCGCGUAGCCUCAGCCCCUUAUCCGGCGGUACGGCGGCUUGCUUCGGCAAGACGUCGUCCGUGAGGGAGCCGAGGUGCAAGCUCUUCGAUGAGACAGACGGCCUCGAGCAAGCCACGAUGGCGCCACCGUUGUGCGAUGGAAAACCAGAGGAGGCUGCGGAUGAGGCUUCCGGUGACGGGGGUUUCACUGCCGGAGAUGGUGGUGGUGCUGCUGCCGCGGCUGUUGUGCAGCCGGAGUCGUGUGGUGCCGAGAAGGAGGAAGCGAGCGCUGAUGCCGACGACGGCAGGGCCAACGGAAAAGCAGAAAGGGGAGCGUUGUUCGCCGAGUGGGAGGAGGCGAGCGGGGAAGGCCGCGCAGAGGGGUAUGCGUCUGAUGGGACGGCGGGACUGCUGACAGUGGAGACAAAGGACUUUGGCGAAACGUCGGGUUGCACUGCCGUUGUCAACAAUCCGGCCGGAGUGGAACACGACGACCCGCUUCGUCCCACCCUCGUCGUCACCUCCAGUCCCUCCCCCCUGCGAGCCCAACUGCAGUCCCCCAUCACCCAAGACCCGAGCCCCUGCACCAGCGACAGCCUCCACUUUGCGGUUUCCGACGGCAUCCCGCCAGACGGGGGCCCGGGGGGGGACGCAGCAGGGCAGCUUCCGCCAUCGCCGCAAGCAACAGCGGCGGCGGUGAGGGAGGACUCGAGACCGCCGUUACAUGGCAACGGGGGUGGGUUUACGGGGCACGUGCCCCCGGGCGUGCGCAUCGUCGGGAGAACGGCUGCCGGGGAGCAGCCCGGCGCGGCUUCUGGUGGUGGCAGCGACGGCGGUGGCGGAGCCUUGGCGGGAGAAGCGCCGGCCGGUCGGCGUGACCGCGCGGCUUUGUCGUCAUCGCCGUCCUCGGUGUGCUCCGAGGGAGGAGGGACGGGGCCGCCGCGAGGGGGAGAGGUGAAGCUGUUCGUGAGUACCCCGACCGGAGAAGGUGACUCGUCGGACCUGUCCCUCUGGGUCACCACGAGGGGUUCAGGAGAAGGGGGAGGGGAGGGAACGGCGACGACGGGAGACGGCACGGCUUCGCCGUUGCCCUCCCCUCCUUCGGUGCGGUUGUCGCCGGUGGCGGUGAAAAGUCUUGAGGAUGAUGACCCAGGGAUCGAUCCCGGGGAUGGUGCCUCGACCGCGGCCAAUCUCGAGGAAGAAGACCUCGAGAAGGAUCUCCGGAACGGUCUUGGGUUCGGGGCUAAGAAUGCUAUUGAGGCGAGGUCCGGUGACGGUGAGGCGGGCGCAUCCGGAGAGGAGGAGAACGAGGUUGAAGUUCUUCCUGAGGGAGAAGCCACUUGCUGUCUACUGCAACCAUCGGAAGGACCCGAGGCGGCGGAAGAAGGCGGCGGCGACAACGAGGACCCCGAACCAGCGGUGUCUCAAGGGGAAGUCGAAAACGCGGCCGAAGGUCCCUCCCGUGCGGACGUCCCUCUGCUCGACAGCAGCAAAACAAUCCCAUCAACAACGGCGGAAACGGCAGCAAACGUGGAGAAGACGGAAGUGGGCGGCAUGGAAGGGCCCUGGGAGGCGGUUGCUCGGGUAUUCUGCGGUAUUUUCAACUUUUGUCGGCCCCCCCGACGGUGAGGGUGGACAUGGGGGCAAGAAAUGAGAUCCCUCCGACAUCCGUGCCGUGGGAGCGAAAGACCAUGCUAGAUGCUAAAUAUCCCCUUAGGGGAAGGGGUACUCAUGUUCUGCUAAGGCGGGGGGAGGGGGGGAGGGGGGGGGUAACACGGUUGUACGGGGGGCGGUGGAAAGGCGAAGCGAACAUUCACCAAAUACCCGGGCGGGAAAAACCUUUUGGUCUGGAAGUAUCCAGUUUCUGACACCUUUCCCCCGCCGGCGCUAUGUAUCCUGCUGCCGUGGACACCCAUCAUCACCUCGCGGAACCCCGCGAUGUUGGAUCUCGGCAAUAUUCACGGUCAAGCACCGAUACGAAAUUGAUUGGCUUUGCGAGCUUUACUCUUGUUUUUCUUUUGUGUGUCUUUGCGAUGGUGGCCCACUUCGAAGUGGGCAAGGCGGGGCCGGGGCGGGGGCGGCGGGAUGUGGUGUUCAAAAUGGUUCCACGCCCCCAGGGGACGAAAAGGGCAUAGACCAACAGGACGGAUGCUUGUGGUGAUGUGCGUGGAGAGCAACUCUCAUCAUUGUUUUUUUCGUGUUGCUGUUGUUGUUCUGUGUGCUUGUGUGCGUGUCAGGUGUCGUUAUGUGUGCAGCGUUAUUUGUCGCCGCGCCGUUUUCGCUGGGCAUGUACAUGGAAAUCGUAAUUGUCACGCCCUUGGCAUGUUUGCGUAUUGUUUGAAAAUCGUACAAACACGCUGUUGGAAACAUUUGUCAGCGAUGCACGGUCGGCAGGCCGAGUAGUGGCGUUUUUACCGCGGUGUUUUUCGUGUGUGCAUCAUGUGUGACGUGUAUUUUUUUCUUUGUCGUUCCAACUGUUCCUGGGCGCCAGUCUCUACCCCCUUUCGGUAUGUGGUUGUGGAUGCACCGAGUGGUCUCCCCAUAGCAAACUUUGGAGUACCCACUUUUUUCUGAGGAAGGAGUGGGUAUAUCCACUUUUGUCUAUUUCCCUUAGCCGGGGCCACCCACCAGGAAAUUUCCGUCUGUCCUUUCUGCGGUACUUGCCUUCUGCAGUAGUCUGACGCGAGAAGGGUGCAGGAGUCCCUCCCCUCCUUGUCGUUAUGUGUACUCAAACGACUAUGUGUGUACCUUGCACCUAGAGCUAAACGAGGUAUGUUCUUUAGAGGUUAUCAACCAGCUGAAAUACUCGGCAAGUUGUCGAGUGGCCAAGCUUCGGGAUGUGGCCAACACCCGCGGAUUGAGGCGAAAUGGCGAAGGAGAGGGGGUUCGCUCCAUCGCGAGCUAUUUUCAAAAUCGCGUUUUAGAGGCGAUUGGUGGACUUAAACACGAACGAGUUCAAUAUGUUGAUGGACUUAUUCGUGUUGCGACAACGUCCGAAUAAGUGUAGAGGGAAUCGUGGGGAAAAGUGGGCAAUGUUCAAAUGUCGCCGGAGGGGCAACGGGGUAAGGUAUAUACAUGAUUCAUCUCUUGUUUUUAACGCCACGUAUCAUCCCCGCAGGCGAUUUUGUCGCGUCUUUUGCGUUUGCAAAAGUGGGUUUGCUGGUGGCAUAUUCCUUCGGUAGAUGAAGGGAGGGAGGGCCUCCUGUUGUAGAACGCGUUCUCGGUCUCCGUUGCGACAACAAACGGACGGUAUUCCCAUAGACCCUGAGAUUUUUAAGUUUUCCUUCGAAGCGCCAGUUCUGGAAUCUAUCCCACCAUACGCGGUUUGUUUUUCUGCUCGGAUGCCGUAUUGGUGGUGCGUGUGUUAGGCAAAGGUUCAGUUUUCCGCCCGUCAAGACAAGGCCUCGUCUCCAGCAUGUAGAAGCAACGUUCGUGAAUAUCUGUCUCUCGCGUAUAUUUUUAUCUGGGGGGAACUCGAACGAGGAGGGGGUGUGGGCGGGAAGGAGGAGCAACGAAUUAUCGUUGAUUGUCGAGCAGUGUUUUUAACCGUGUUAUUGGUGUUUGUGUCGUUUCAACAGCUUGGCCCUGGCGUUUUUGACACUAGUCAGCCGGCUCGCCCGGCGCUAAGAGGCUGCAUGUUUUAUUGUUUGGUUUGCGCUGAAAAGAGACUGGGAUGCGUACAUUCGCGCUGAAAUGUCGGCUUGAUUCCCCGCUACCCUCUCGCUGCUUGCAGGCCUCUGGUAUAUUCUCAGUUGUUGUACUUAGCUUGUCGCCGUUAUGGCCAUCCCCGAGGCAGGAAAUCAGAGGGGUGCAAUGUUUCUUGCGGUCGGACGAGAAUCUUCUCCGUGCACAAGGAAGCACGUGUAAGAAACUUGCCAGCAGCUACACGGCGGAGGGGGUCUCCACUUGCUAAACAGCGCUUUUUUCCGCUGGCAGUCUUGCCAUUGGAGGGAAUUUUCACAAAGUACAGUCGUUGUAUGUAUAGGUUGGUCAUUGCUUCUCCGGCGUCGCUGUAUUUUUUUUCUAUAGUAAGGAGAACGUCACGACAGUCCUCUGGCUCCCAGCGAGCGAGAAUGUAGAGAGGGUCGUCUGAAAUUUCAGUGUCGUUCCGGAUGACGAACGCCGGGAGAACAAAAGAAGAAGCCCAGAAAGCAAGAAGCCCAGAGUUACUAGCCGUGGUCAUGUUCGGAGGCAGGGUGGGGAAGGCUGGAUUUCAUCUGGGGGCAAUUUUUUUCUGGGUUCCUCUCGAGGAAC